AGAAAGCUUAACCUCCGCCUCCAAUGAGAUGAGAGUGAGAGGUCAGACAGACAAACUGACUACUGACUGGCACAUUCGCAUAUAUAUAUAUAUAUCUCUCUCUCUCUCUCUCUUAGCCGUUGAGUUUCAGUUUCCCCCCUCUCCUCCAUUUUAUUUAAUCUAAAACCCCAAAGUCUCCAUUGACUUUCUCUGUCUCUGACCAUAUAUAUAUGGCUCUGAAUUGGUGUUUGAUUCUCACACCAUGAGCGACUCUCAGUCUCGGAGCCCCAUCUCCUCCUCUUCCUCCUCCUCCGCCACCGAUCAGAAUGUGAGCCGGAGUCAGAGAAGUGGUGAUGGUGGUCAAACGUUGGCUUCCGGGUCAUCACGUCACUGGCAUGAUAUUUUCUGGUUGGCGGUUUUUAUGCUUCAUAUGGUUGUUUUGGGAUUUGGCCUAACGGUUCUUGGGCUCAAUAGGUUUCAGAAAAAGGAUAGGCUAAACAUUGAUAAGUAUGCUGCUGGGAUAACAAAACACCAUGAGGGCUUGACGGAGCAUUACUGGCCAAUGUAUGCUGUUGCUGGUGGUGUUGGGACUGCUCUUGGAUGUGCUUGGUUGUUGUUACUGGGUUCACGUGCGAAUCAAAUGAUGAAGUUUACGGUGCACAUUUUGACUACAUAUCUUGCUGUGAUUAGUGUUUUGUGUUUCUGGGGCGAGCAGUUCUUCUGGGGUGUUGUGUUUGCAAUUGGUGCUGCUUUGCAAUUCUUGUAUAUCAUAUCGGUAAUAGACAGACUGCCAUUUACUAUGCUGGUGUUGCAAAAAUCUGUGAAGAUGGUGUGGAGUCUUCCUGAAGUUAUGAGAGUAGCAUAUGCAUUCAUGUUUGUCAUGCUUUUAUGGAUGGGAUUAUGGUCUUUUGGAGCAGCUGGUGUUGUGGCUUCAAGCUUGGGUGAAAGUGGAUGCUGGUGGCUUCUUGUGGUUCUCUCUGUAAGCUUAUUUUGGACUGGUGCAGUCCUCUGUAACACUGUACAUGUUAUAGUUUCUGGGAUGGUGUUUCUUGUUCUCAUCCAUGGUGGUCGCGAAGCAUCAUCAAUACCUCCAAAUUCCUUGAUCAAGUCUUUACAGUAUGCUGUGACAACAUCUUUUGGCAGCAUUUGCUAUGGAUCACUCUUCACAGCUGCUAUUCGCACUCUACGGUGGGAGAUCAGGGGAGUUCGGUCAAAGAUUGGCAACAAUGAGUGUUUACUUUGCUGUGUUGAUUUCUUGUUUCAUCUUGUGGAGACUCUUGUUCGUUUUUUCAACAAGUAUGCCUAUGUUCAGAUUGCUGUGUAUGGCAAAAGCUUUAAUCAUUCAGCAAGGGAUGCUUGGGAGUUAUUUCAGUCAACUGGAGUAGAAGCACUUAUUGCCUAUGAUUGUUCAGGUGCUGUUCUACUAAUGGGCACUCUUAUGGGUGGGCUUGUUACUGGAACCUGCACAGGAGUUUGGACAUGGUUUGAAUCGAGGGACAGAGUGAGCAUGGUUGGGUCCACUGCAAUGUUGAUGGGAAUGGUCUUGGUGGGACUGGCAAUGGUGGUGGUUGAAAGUGCUGUUACAUCCAUAUAUAUCUGUUAUGCAGAGGAUCCAUUGUUGAUUCAUAGAUGGGAUGCUGAAUUUUUCAACCAGAUGUCAGAGAUGCUACACCAACGUCUUCAGCAUAGGAGCGCCCGGGCAAGGGAAGUAUUAACCCACACUCGCCUUGAUGGCCACUCUGCUUGAUCAAUUCUGGAAACUAAUAAUUCUGCUCUCUUUAGUUUUUAUAUUUAUUAUUAAUUUUUUUUAAAAAUAUACCUAUUAGAAAGAAAUCUUUUUUUUUUUUUCUUUUUUCUUUUUUCAAGGGGGUCUAAAUAAAAAUUAUUCCAAAUUUUAAGGGUCAAAACUGUAAAAUUUAAUCUUACAAUUCUAUUUGGUGACAAUUGUUCGGGAGGUAUAGGGCUUAGUGGCAAAAUAGGGUAAUACCGUAAUAACACUUCUAACAAUAAGAUGGCCUUAAAAAACAAUUAUCUUGCAUCAAUUAUAGAUGCAUGGCUUGUUUCUCAUAUAGAUUGUGAAUUUAUCCAUACAUGCCUACGCUGUAUACAAAUUGGAUUGGACUGGAUUUUUCUCACACUUUAAUAUUGU